UGUAAGCGAAAUGCGACAGUAAGAUGUCUACCACGAAAUUUACCGAUAUUUUAAACGUUUAGUUUACAUCGAAAAAUGGAUCAUAAAAUCAUAUUUCGUGGUGACUGAGAUGCGACAUGUUUAUAUAUAUUAACAAUAGCACGAAACUGGAUUGUCUGGAUCGCUUGUUGGUUAGAUGAGAGUGAGACAUAUGGGACUUUAAGUGGACACACAUCAGAUUGAACAGUUCGUGCCACACAAAUUCAAGCAUGGGUAUGGAGCAGCAGAGCUGCAGCUCGGAGGAGAUGGGCGUAUGCAAGCGUCUACCGCUCAUGUUUAUCCUUCAGUUUCUAGUUGUGUCGCUUUGCGUUAAGUACAGCCAUGCGUGCGGCACUUCCUCUAGUAGUGGCGACUUGCUCUUGUGCAGAUCAUGUGGACAUGAAAUAGCGCUCGAAUCAAACGCCAACUUUGUACACAGUCGCCUUGCACUGUCUCAUAGAAACGACACCGUUGUUGGGGAGAAGAGGGUGUCUGUUCAGCUGUUUGAAAACCCUCAGGGUUAUCAAUUCGAAGUCAUAACUUUCAAGACAGCAGACGUGCGGAAACAUUGGCCAGCAGAGAAACAUUUCACCUGGUUUCCUGGCUACUCUUGGACCAUAGCCACAUGUCCACGGUGCAGAGCGCACCUCGGUUGGGCAUUUCAACCCAGCGAUUGGCCCUCGACAAUCAGCACCGAGCAGUUUGAUGACUCACAACAGACUUUUGUGGCGUUGAUCAUCCAGAGGUUGCUGCGCGAACACUUUGCAUCUUCUCUUCUCGUCACACCCAAAGCAUUCAGAAGCUGAUAGUUUUCUGACCAUUUUUCAAUAUUUUUGUUUAAUAAAAAAGACUUAUGGCUCA